ACACUUGCCACAAGUCUCUCAGCGGUCUGCGUCUGCGAUCAGUCGUCAGUCGCAACUCACACCGUCAUUUCGCCAGAGAACUGUUCGCUGGUCACUCACAUAAUAAUGGAUCAGGUGUGCUUAGUGAUAGUGAGCCUGUGUCUCUGCUUAGUGCAAGUUCAGCAGGUCAUUGCUCAAUUGCAGAGCUUGACUCGGCUGCAGGAAUUCGGAAUCGGCAACAUUGACUUCGGAUUGCAGUUGCAGGUUCCCAAUACGAGCGCUUUGAUUGAAAAAGAAGGUUUCAACAGUGAAACGCACAAAGCUGAAGCCGAAGAUGGAUUUCUGGUGCAUUUGAGUCGGAUUCCUAGCAAGGGAAUACCAGUACUCAUGAAUCAUGGCCUCUUCAUUGCUUCAGACGCUUGGCUGUUGAGAGGAAGGGAUAAAGAUCUCGCUUUCCUAUUAGCUGAGAGUGGCUACGAUGUGUGGAUGGGUGAUCUUCGAGGAAAUACUUAUUCAAGUACACACAAAACACUAACACAAAAAGAUGCACUAUUCUGGGAUUUCAGUGUCCAAGAAAUGGGUGCGUACGACCUGCCAGCAAGCAUUGACUACAUACUGGCGACAACCGGCCAUGACAGUGUGAUCUACAUCGGCCACUCGCUCGGCUCCGCCAUGUACUUCGUCAUGUGCUCCGAGAGGCCCGAAUACAGGAGCAAAGUGCGCCUCAUGAUGGGACUGGCUCCUGCCAUCUACCUCCAGCGGUCACCUGGAAUCCUCUUCAAGAUCGCCAGACAGUACAGCAGACUCUAUCAGGAAUCUAUCAGCUUUAGAGGACCUCGUCAAGUUUUUUCCAGAAAUCAGCUGCGAGGCGCCACAGCCUCCCUAUUUUGCAGAUCGGCCCCCACGCAGAGCAUCUGCCUCGUUCUGCUCUACUACAUCGCUGGAUUGGCCAGUCUCACUGACUAUUCUCAGGUCGACAAGAAUCUUUUACCAGAAUUCGUGAGACGGCUACCAACAGGUACUUCACCAAAAACACUUCAGCAUUUGGGCCAAUUAAGCAAAUCAGGUCGAUUUUGUAAGUUUGAUUAUGGACCAAAAGAGAAUAUGAGGAGAUACGGAACUAAAUCACCGCCCGAUUAUAAGCUCGACAGUGUUACUGGUCCAGUUGCCAUAUAUUACGGCAAAGGAGAUAUUCUCACACAUGUCCAGGAUAUUGCUGAAGUGACUCACAAGAUUCCAAAUUUGGUUAGAAAUUUCACCGUAGCCAACGAUAAAUUCAACCAUAUGGACUUUUUAUGGGCAAAAGAUGCAAAACAAUUAGUUUACGACGAUAUGAUGAAACUUAUGAAGCUGUAUACUUGAAAGUUACGGAAUGUUAAGCUCCUGAAUUAUUAGAAAGGACAGCUUUGGAAUGCGCCAUCUAAUCUUGUGUUCAAAUUAGUGAGUGAAUCAUAACAUAAACCUCACAUUAAAGGAUAGAGAAAAAAUAGCAUAAGAAGAUAUCCCUUAAUAUAGGGCCUUUAUGUUCUGAAUUUCACUGUUAAUUCAAGCCGAAAGUACUAGUAGUUAUUUUUCGUGAAGCUAUAUGACGCUAGUAGUAUCUCAUACUAACGGCACAGUUCUUUCACUCUCACCUGGCUAAAACAGUAAUAAUAUCCAAUAGUCGACAGUAAACGGCUUCAGUUUUGGACAAAAAAUCGGCUUGAUGUUUGGAACAUCAACUACCUAUACCAUGAGCUAUCUACUUACGCUAUCUUUCCUCUAUGAUUAAAGUGAUUCAUUUGCUCAGAUAUCAUUGAGUUUAGUCUAGCAGUUUCUAUCAAGUUUGAAAUUGAGCAAUUGAAUAUAAAAACAACUCUUAGUGGAAUCUAUUGUGCCGCGUAAUUUUAAACAAUCUUCUUUGUGCCAAUAUUUUUGUAGAAAAGUUGAGUAGUUUAGUUGAGAGAGUUAUUAGGUCAUUUUAGAACAAGAACAUCAAUAAUUUAGAGAGUAAUAUAGAUAAAACGUAACUUAAGAAGAACAACAAAUUAAGAAAUAUAAUAGACUAUUUAUUAGUAGUGGAAUGUACAAAUGAAAAAGUGAUUUUAUCACAUUAAAAAUGAUUGGUGCUUCUUGAAAGAUUCUAAUUUAUACUGUUACAUAAAUAUAAAACCUACAUAAAUUAUGCAAUAAAUAAUCAAUAAUGUUAAAAAACCUUAAUAUUUAUAAUGCACUUUUGAUUGUGAGUUAUAUAUUAUUAGUUACACUAGCAAAAUCGAUAAUUGCAAAGGCACUAUAAUAAAUUACCAUAAUUUAUACAUUGUAUAGGAAUAAUACUAGUUGAACUAAGUGAUUGUGCUAAGAUAAUACUGUUCAUUAUUGAUAUGAAGAGGGUUUAGAUUUUGUUGAAAAUCGAACAAUGAGUACCGUCCCUCAACUGGAGAGUAAAUAAAAUAUUUUCUCUUAAAA